AUGGUCUCCCGAAAAAGCAAAAGACAAGCUACAUACUACUACAAGCGAUUCUGGAUGCAAAAAGAAAGAGAACUUGCCAAGGUCGAGACGCGAAAAAGCUGCCUGGACUAUGUCUACAACGUGCUUCGCACCGAGACAGACUCUAUCACCAACCAGCGUGAGACCAACAGUACGAGCUCACCAGAAGAUACCCAAACUAGCUCUACAGAUGCCUUGACCUUUUCCAAUCUCGAACAAGACAUCGAACAACUUGAUCAAGACUCCCCGUGCCUCGACAAAGCUGCUCAUAGCUUUAGAAAACGGACCGUCGCUGAUGAUAAGCAACCUGGACAAGGUGUCGGAGGCUCUGCUAAACAGCGCGUUCGACAAGAAGCUGGAUUGGGAGGAAGACGAAUCUCUGAAGCUGCAUUGGAUAACUCCAACUGCAUUUACUGGCCCAACGACCUCCAUCCCGUAAAGAAAGCCAUUGUCAAGGGUAUCAUCAGCACACUUGGCAGGCUCCCGGCAGUCAAUUUAAAAGAUGAAAGCAAACUUGGCGAGAAUGAGUUCACCUGCACCUUCUUCGACCCGAUCCUAUCGCGCCUUUUUCUAUCCAACCCCGGCCAAUGGCGAGCGCCUUCGCUGGUCAGAUCAUCAUGGCUCCAGAGACACCUAGGCAGCGGCCAGAUGCCGUGGUCAGCAAAAUGAGCCAGCUCUCAUUUUGGACCAUCGAUAGGCUUUAGCGGAGGCCAAGGUCCAGUGCACGGCAAAUCAUGGAUUGUGUCCAAGACCUCUCGUCCCCUAUGCUUGCUAUGAC